CGGUUUGUUGUAAACUUGUAACGAGAUGUGUGGACUGCAAAAUGAAACUCAAAAGAUUCCUUAUCAGAUAUUAUCCACCAGGUAUCAUCUUGGAAUAUGAAAAACGAGGAGAGCUGAGGACCAAAUCGAUUGACCUCCUUGAUUUGUGUCCUGAAACUGACACAGAUGAAUUAAUUGCAAAAAUAAUGCAGUCAGAGCCACUGAUCACACCAUCCCGUGUUGAUCAGUUAAAGCUUCUGAUUGUCCGACUGCAGGAGAAGCUGGGCCAGCAAGACAACCGCAGGUUCUAUCUGUUCAAGGCUCUGCAAGCUCACAUACUGCCUCUGACAAACGUUGCUUUUAAUAAAUCAGGGUCGAGCUUUAUAACUGGCAGCUAUGACAGGACGUGUAGGAUAUGGGACACAGCAUCAGGGGAGGAGUUGCAGACGCUGGAGGGACACAGGAACGUGGUCUAUGCCAUCGCAUUCAACAAUCCCUAUGGAGACAAGAUUGCCACUGGUUCCUUUGAUAAGACUUGCAAGCUGUGGAGUGCUGAGACCGGCAAAUGUUUCCAUACCUUCCGAGGACACACGGCGGAAAUAGUGUGCUUGGCGUUUAACCCUCAAAGUACUCUGGUUGCCACUGGCAGCAUGGACAGCACUGCCAAGCUGUGGGAUGUCCAGACUGGGGAGGAGGUGGCCUCCCUCACUGGUCAUUCAGCAGAAAUCAUCUCCUUGGCAUUUAACACAGUGGGUGACCAGCUAGUCACUGGUUCUUUUGACCACACUGUCUCUCUAUGGGAUACUUUCUCUGGGAGGCUCAUACACACACUGAUUGGGCACCGAGGCGAGAUCAGCAGUGUGCAGUUUAACUGGGACUGCUCACUUGUCAUCACAGGCUCCAUGGAUAAGAGCUGCAAGGUGUGGGAAGUAGCAAGUGGGAAGUGUGUGGGCUCUCUCGCUGGCCAUGAGGACGAGGUGCUGGACGUUUGUUUCGAUUACACCGGUCAUCUCAUAGCCACCGCCUCUGCCGAUGGCACAGCCAGGGUGUACAACGCUUCCAGCAACAAGUGCAUGGUGAAGUUGGAAGGUCAUGAAGGGGAAAUCUCCAAGAUCUGCUUUAACCCCCAGGGCACUAGGAUCCUGACGGCCAGCGCAGAUAAGACGGCUCGUCUGUGGGACUCGCAGACUGGUGUCUGUCUGCAGGUCCUGGAGGGACACACAGACGAGAUCUUCUCCUCGGCCUUUAACUAUGAGGGAGACACCAUCAUUACAGGCAGUAAGGAUAAUACGUGUCGGAUCUGGCGUUGACCCAAAGAACAGGAAGUAGUUCACGGCAUUCCCUGUCCCCAGGAUGGGCCUUGACCCCUGAACUGUAGUUGCUGUUGGGUAUGUUCUAGUAGACUUGAUCCCACUGCCCUUCUCUGCCUGAUCUCAAACAGCUGCAUGUUGUGCACACCAGAAGGCCGCUGUGGUGAGGAACGUCCGCACUGUCACAAAUGAGAUGGUUUAGACUGUGAGUUUAUUAUGUUGACAUGAAUUAUGUUAAUCAGUGUUCCUUUGUAUGUUCUGAGUUCUUUCCACGCUGUUUCAAACAAUAAAGACUUCCUUUUC